GAAGAAAAUAACCGAGAACGAAAUUGUCAAGACACCAUUAUUGUUUUGGUACAAGCUAGAGUCGCUUUUCCUUUCACCUUUUUGCCUCUCCUGGAAUAACUACGGGGGUGUUACCUGUGCCUAGGGUGCCAGCAGUGCCAGGGACGCCUCACCUGUGCCCUCAUGCCCCCAGGGAGAGGAAAGGAGGAGGAAUAACAGUGAAAAAUGCAAUUAGAGACGAAACUUGACAUCUCGCUAAGAAUUUACUGAGUGCCGCUGACUAAACAAGAGUGCCAAGCUGCCAACACCACCACGACACUCCUCAAACCUUCAGAGUGCCACCGAACACCCACUGGCACCCACAACACCCACAACACUCACAGCGGCACUGGCUUGAAGAGUGACUGGGUGUUGGUCUGUGUGUAGUGUUUGGACGUUUGUGUGUUGAUGUACUGAAGGAGGAGGAGAAGGAGGAGGAGGAGGAGUGUUGGUGGAAUGUGAAGAGGAGGAAGAGGAAGAGAGGUUUUGCUGUGGAAGGUUAAGAAGAGCAAGACGUUUUGUUUGUAGAAGAAGAAAAAGAAGAAGUUGAAGUAUAUUUGAAGAUAAAAAAGAAGAAGAAGAAGAAGAGUUUGUUUAUUGAGGAAGAUUAAGAAGAGCAAGAAGUUUUGUUUUUAGAAGAAGUUUUGUUUGAAGAAGUAGUAGAAAUAAAUUUGUUUGAAGAAGAAAAGAAGAAGAGAAGAAGUAGAUUUAUUUGAAGAAGAAGAAGAAGAAGAAGAAGAAGAAGUUUGUUUAUAGAAGAAGAAUAAAAAGUUGAGAAUAAGAAAAUAAGAAAAAAUUUUGUGUGAAGAAGAAAAAGAAGAAAAGAAUUAGUUUUGUUUGAAUAAUAAUAAGAAGAAUUGUUUGAAAAAGAAGACAAAAAAAAAAGAAAAGAAAAGGAACAAGAAAUACCUUUGUUACCAUGAAAGGAGUUUAAGAUUUUGUGAUCGCUAUUAGACAAACAAAAAAACAAGAAAAGAAGAAGAGAGACCAUUUGAAGUAGAAAAACAAAAAAACUCAAAUUAGAGAAAGUAUAACAAGAAAUAACUGAUGUGUUUUUGAUAGAGUGAAGAGAGAUUAACAUUUGCAGUGUGCUAUUAGACAAACAAAGAGCUAUUGAAACCAGAAGAGAUAAUAUAUAGAAUUUGGAUCUUUGUUGAUAUAAAGAGAUUAUUUAUUUAAGAUUCUGCUGGCAGUGUAGAGAAAGAGAAAAAGAUAAGAUAUUAUUUGUAAAGGGAAAGAAAGAAAAGAGAAAUAUUACAAGAACAAUAAGGAAAACAAACCAGAGAGAGAGAAAGAGGGAGAAAGAGAGAGAGAGAGUACAUUUGCUGAUAAAAAAGAAAGAAAAGUGAAAUAAAACAAUAAAGAAAAGAAAAAAAGUGAGUCUGUAUGUGUGUGAGUGAGUGAGAGAGAGAGAGAGAGAGUACAUUUCCGGAUAAAAGAGACAAGAAAAACACAAGAAGAAAAUAAAACAGACAAAAAAAGUGUGUUAAAAAAAAGAAUAAUUUGAAAAGUACAGGGACGACAAAAGAAGUACUUGUGAGAGAGAGAGAGAAAGAGAGAGAGUGAUUUUAAGAGUACAUGCAGGCUUGAGUGAGUGAGAGAGAGAGAGUGCAUGCAGUAAGAGAGAGAGAAGCGACAGGAUGGAGGGCAUAUCAGAGGCGGGUGACGAGGUGCGUGACGAACCUUUUAGCUGCCCAGAAUGCCACAAGAGCCACAGUGCACGUUACCUGCUUGUCCGACACUUAAAGGUGCACGCAAAAGUCAAACCAUUCCAGUGCACCGAAUGUAACAAGAGCUUCGUGCACAAACACAGCCUGAAGCUACACAUUCGAAGCCACACCGGCGAACGACCACACCAGUGCUCCCUGUGUCUUAAGUCCUUCCCAACACGCAACAGGCUUCAGAAACACUUCAUCGUGCACACCAAGGAAAAACCGUUUCAAUGCCCAGAGUGUGUCAAGUCCUUCGUGAGCAAGGACGGCCUGAAGGUACACAUGCGUAGCCACACCGGAGAGAAACCUUACCAGUGCCCAGAGUGUAGUAAGCUGUUUGUGCGACGUAACACACUUAACAUACACCUGCGCAGUCACACCGGGGAGAAGCCUUACAAGUGCUCGGUGUGUCUCAAGUGUUUCACCACCAGCGGGAGUCGCCACAAACACAUGAAGGUCCACACAGGAGAGAAGGCUUUCCAGUGUUAUUCACAAAAAUUUCAAGCCAACUUCUACUCUCACUCAUUAUUAACCCCAGAUGUAUAUGAAAGAGUGCCCACAGUGGCCGAUCUGCAGACCACGGCACCGGCAGUAACUGCGAGAGUGAGGUUAACCAUUGACACUACACCGUUGAUGGCACAUAGCGGUGUGUGGGGUGCCUGCUGUGACACGGACAGCCGUCACCACAGUCUUCGGCUAACGUGGCGUGAAGAUAUGGACGGCAUUCUGUCUCUCAAAUGGAACAACCACCUUACCGUCCUUUUCAACACUCUCUCCUCCCUACACAAGAAGGACCUCUACAGUGACGUAACGCUGGCAUGCGGGGGUCAGUUCUUCCCCGUACACAAGCUGGUCUUAUCAGCGUGCAGUGAGUUUUUUGAGGAACUGUUCAAGCAGACCCCAUGCAGCCAUCCCGUGGUGAUCCUGAAGGACAUACAGGUGGGCGAUCUGGAGGCCCUGCUCAGCUACAUGUACCUGGGAGAAGCCAACGUGUCCCAGAGUGAUCUAGCGCGGCUCAUCAAAGCUGCCGAGUGUUUGUGUAUUAAGGGCUUAGCAGUACCAGAUGAGGGUGGACCAGGGCCAGGACAAGGAUCGGGCAGCUCUGGAGGUUCGAAUGGGUCCAGCAGCAGCAGCAGCAGCGGGAAGAGGCCUCACCCAAACCCCUCCGAGGACACACACCACUCCAAACGCAGAAAAACAGACACCACCACCGCCUCUGCCACCUCCUCCCGGUCAGACAGCGGGGAGGGGCGGGAGGGGUGUGGCCAGGUGGAGGCAGUGCACCCCCCCCACCACAGUCCUGAUGAUGAUGGUGGGGGGGGAUUAAUGAUGUCUAAUGCUACACAGGAUCUUGCUGAGGUGGUAAUAGAAGAACACCCCAUAGUGAAGGAGGAGGAGGAGGAACCGAGCUGUGACCCUGAAGUGGAGGCAAUAAUAGCGCGAGGGGCCAGAGUAACAAGGACACGAACAUCGGGGGACAGCGAAGAUGACGACUGCAUCACACAAGUCGGAGCGUCGUUAAAUUUUGCCGAGCUUAAUUCAGACGAGGGAGGCGAUGGGAGUGAUGGCGGUGGUGGUGGUGGUGGUGUGGGUCUAUACGAGCACCAUUUAGCCGCUGCCGCCGCCGCCGCCACGCACCCAGCCAGCGGUGUGUUGCAGGAUCUGAUGGUGCCGGGAAUAGCUGGACCCUCUGCGGACAUAGGUGGCUGGGACUCCAUGGCUGGUUUCUCCCUUGAAGGACUCCACUCGGAAGACUCCAGGUCAUCGCAGACACUGGGAGGGCGCGGCGGUGGCGGCGGCAACGGCGGCUAUGGGCGGGAGGCUUGUGCAGGGAGUGGAGACAGGCUGGCGGCAGCAGCGGCGGCGUCAGCAGUGGUGGUGGUGGCGGCGGAGGGCGGCAGCCACCCGUGCCUGCUGUGUCAGAAGCGGUUCAGCAGCCGGCAGGAUUUGCGGCGACACGUGCGCACACACACCGGGGAGCGGCCGUACCAGUGCCCACUGUGCCCUCACCGUGCCGCACUCAAGGGCAACAUCAAGAAACACAUCGCCGCAGUGCACCGCCACGCACCACACACCACCACCACCACCACCACCCCGCACCACCCACCACUGUCCCUGCUGCCGCACCACAAGGCUCAGACUCCUUCCAGGCGUCAUCCUCACAGGACCUGGAGAUCCUUGACGGCUGCUGCCUCGCCCCGCACACCUCAUACUGACUCCAUACUGGGCCGGCUGUGUGUUUCACUGUUUGAUCUGGUGCAGUUUCUGAGGAGACAGCCAGACGUUACCCUACGGAACGAGCUCAGAGCUCAUUAUUUCCAAUCUUGGGCUAGGCCUGAGACCAGGCACACACCACACUGUGGUGGUGUGCUGUGUUCCUGUGGUGAGGCUGAGGGACGCAUUAUUCUGGGUCCCCUGACUGUCACAUGUGGUGGCGAGGCAGUCACCAACACCUACAUCCUCUGUGGUGGAGUGCCAGGCCACAGUACACAAUGA